AUGUGGGAGGAACGACAACUCUUUAUAGCAUCAUUCUGAAUUCUGUGACACGAAAGGUAAACUUCGAGGAAAAUGCUUGUGACAUUUGUGCUCGGAACCGGUUUAAUAGAAGAAUGACACUGGCGAACUGGAGAGAAUGUUUAAAAGUUGGUCCUGCGCCAAGAAAACUGCGAUACUUUGUUUCUGGUAAAAUGCAGUUUAUUCGUUUACGCUCUUUCUUAACAAAAGUCUUACGUUGACCUGUUUUGGAGGUUCAAAUGCUGGAAAUGGCUUUGAAAACUCGUUCAAAUUGUGAUCAAUGGCAGGUAUGCAAGCCUUAAAGUUAAUUAGGAAUUUUUUUCAAAAGAUAAGCACAAGUACGCUUGCCCAACCUUUUUGAAGAGCAGAUAUUGAGAGUGCAAAGUUCCCCUCCCCCUGCCCCUCAACUUAAUUAAGAGUGCUUGGAGUGAAAUAAUACCCGAGGGGUUUGAUUGUGAUUUGAGGGUUUUCUGUGUGAAUGAGUUCAAAAUGGUUAUCUUUCGGCUGCAUAGUUAGCUAAUGCAAUUGGCAAAGUCCUUGUGUAGCGAACAAAGCUGUUAUAUUACUAUCACAUGAGUUUUUUAUAUAUAUAUAUGGAUGGUUAUAAAUAGCACUAGAUGCUAAAUGCAAACAAUCUGAAGAAAUAAAACGAUUUGACUUUUCCAAAGUGAGUUUAAGAUUCAUUCUGUACUUCUAACAGAUUUGAAGAGUUUAAAGUCUAUUUCCAAAUCAUUUUGAUCGAUCUAUUUUAGUCGUUUAGUCUGACAAGUAUAGUUCCUACCAGUUAGGUAAACAGGAAAUUGCAACAAAAAAAGCUGGAAAAACAGGAAACUUGACGGUUUAUUUUGUUUUCAUGACAUUGAUAAACGCGAGGGUCUUGCAUUUGGAAGGUCUGGUCCACAGUUCUGUUGUAAACUUGGUGAUCUAAGAGACUGGAUUUCAAAGAACGAGAACAGAUCAUAUCUGAACUUUAUUGAAGGCUGUGGUGAAGCUUCAUCUUGGCUGAACUUCGCUCGCAGGUAAUUGCGUGAUUGAUAUGCUGAAAAAAUCCACCGCCUCUCGGUUACGACUUACCUUUGUUUGAAGAACUUCCGGUCGAGUGGAGCUCUUUGUAACGAAGGUCCUUACGCACUGAAACAAAGGCCUCCUGAUGCUAAUGUCAUAAUUAGGCAACCACUGAGUCGAUCAAGUAUUGUGUGAGCACUGUUGGGUUAAACGAGACGAAGGAGCGAAGGAGUCAAACUGUAUAAAAAGAUAUCAAAGCCGACUGAAAUAUAUUUUUAUUUGAGUCGCUUUGUCAUUCCCAGGAAAACAGAUCAAGGUCGCCUGUAGUUCUCCCGUUUGCUGUGGCCUUAUGAUGGCGUUCGGAAUUCACUCGCUGGGUCGAGGUGAACCUGAAGACGCCUGAUCCCGGCGAAAUUAAUCUACAGCGUUUUGCAUGAGGUCUGUUUGAAUGGCGAUCAAUGUUUGAUGGCGGUAGAGACAGCCAUAACUAUACACGAGAACCCUUUGGAAAAGACCAUUGUUUGGGAGAAAAGGAGUGUGGAAUACGACUCAAAACAUCGGAUACGACCACACAACACUGUUGGAAAAGUUGAGACGAUUGUGAGUAAAGAUGAAUAUCACUCUGACUAUUGUGUUAUCGCAGCGGCCACGAAGCGAGAGACGAGCACUACACCUCGUCAGCCGAUCUUAGUAGCGGAUCGUGACAUGCGGUUAAGUUUAUCGACUCCCGCCACUAACCGAACGUUCAAUGCAUUUGUUAGGAGGCACACGGGAGGAACUAUACGAAAUACACAGACACAGGUUGUAACUUCACAGCCGAGACCCACAUUACGGGCAGCAUCGGCGCAAAUAUCACGAUCGACUUGUCGAAGUAGUAAUGUACUCCAAAGCAAACAUUAUGAAGAUGAAGAUGUCAAAAUUUUUUGCUGUAAUCGGGACGUGGACGUGUUAAUAGACUAUGCAAGUUGUAUGUGCGGGGUCAAAGCGGUGUUGUAUCAUUGUUCGAAGGAUUCGUUUGAUGAAGGCAGUUUGGCAGAGCACCCGUGCUCAUGUGGUCCCCCAAGUAAAUCUUGUUUCGGAAGAUGGGGUUGCUUGGCGGCUUGCUCUUUAUUUCUGCCGUGUCUUUUUUGUUAUUUACCGCUGAAAGGAUGUUCUGAGAUGUGUUUUUGCUAUAAAAGACAGAGGAAAGACAUGAAUUGGCAAAGAAGACCCAAAGAUCCUGUCUAACUGUGCCGCAUUGGUGCAGGCCAAGAAUAAUUUAUAAUUUUAGCUAAGCGGGGUCGUAUCGAGCCCUCGAAUUGAAAUUUGUCUAUCAAAUUCAUAUGCCUUAUUUAUACCUUCCUUGUAAAUAUCAAAUUUGUUCAAAGGAGGCCCUCUGUUAAUAAUUAUUAUAGUGGUCGUCGCGUAAUUACGCGAAGCUCUCGAGGGAAAAAUUAAUGCCAUUUAGCUUCUGUUGUGUAAGGCAUUGCCCUGGAAGCCGAACUGAUGUUUUCACGUGAGGAAAGCGUUUUCCUGUUGCUCGCUUAGGGGCCUAUCUGUGGAAUCUUCCCUAAUGAGAAAGACAUAGACACUAAUUUCAUAACUGGAAACUAUGUACAUGAAUUUUUUUUUAGUUAAAAAAUUAAAAAAUUCUUGUACAGUUGGUAGAUCCGUUUAUAAGGUUGGUAUCCCCGGGAGUAUACAUGUCUCUAACAUUUGCUCCCGAGAGACGGAUUUUAUUAUUCUUCUAACGAUAUUCUGCAUUUUUCGAAUCCACAGUUUACAUAUGCAAGGUCAGAAUUUACAUUUAAAGCAGUAUCGACGGGCUAUGAUGGCAAACUACGAGUAGUAAUAUCAAUAUUUAGGAAGUUAUUUGAAUCUUUGGAAAGGACCCGCAGCAUGUGAAAGCUUAUGAAAGGAUACCUCUUGUUAUGACGGAUUUCGAGGUGAUUUGGGUCAGUUUCUCAGUUAGAUAUUUUCUUUCAAUAUACAACUCCAGAGAA